CACCUCCGCGGGACAAAAAAACAUUUAUUUCUCUGGCACCGUUCGGCUCACGCAUUCAAAAUAACAACAAUCAACCGCAAAAUGAUUAUAUAAACAAAGCCAACAUCAGAACGAGAUUCCAUCCUUACCUCUUUUUGGUCUUGGGAAGCUUUCGUGCAGGUGAAAAACUACUUUUUCCACAAAGUGCUGAAUGUUGUUGCGCUCGGCUCCUCUGACGAACACCAUCCAGUCAUGCGUAAAACCUUCCACGCCUGCCUCCUGCCGACAAUGAGAAGCAGAGAUGUCUGAUGGCCUGAAGAAAAGACUAGAAUUCCCCAGUCCUCUGGUCCAGGCGCAGGCGGUGAGGAGCCUGGUCGCCAGCGUGCUAAAGGAGAAGGGCCAGAAUGAAAAGAUUGUUCAGUCCUGCAAUCAGACUGUAGCGUUGGACACUCUAUGGGAGCAGUGUUGCGGUGACAGUGCUCUGGUCAGGUCGACCUGCUGCGAUGCCCUGGUGCUGCUGGUGGAACAGGGCCAUGCUGACCUGCACUAUGUCAUCAAUGGCGUCCUCAACCUCAUCCCUUCAGCCAGGAACGUGCAGGGGCUGAUCAAAGUGAUGGGAAAGCUGCUGAUGAUCCAGGUCAGCCAAGAACAGAGAGAAAGAGGGGCUGCCUUUACCUGCCCUUAUUCUAUCAGGAACCCCCCUCACCCGUACAUCACCAUGCUGGAGAAUCGACCUGACUGCUGGCCGGCCCUGCUGGCGGAGGUGGAUGACAUCAUCAAACAGGCGGCGGACAAAGAAGAGGCGGUGUUCUUGGACGUGCUCGCCCCCUUCCUGCGGUUCCUGUACUGUGAGCCGCAGCGGCUGGCCGAACAUGCCCUCCUGAGACACGGCCUGCUCAGGGUCCUGCUGCCCCCCUCCCCGUCCUCCACAGUGUACCACACCCUCCUGCUCUGCCUGUUUGAGAUGGUCCCCUACAUGCAGGUGGACAGCGUGACCUCGGUGUUGGAGCUGGGGCAGUUCUUGGGGGCUCUCUGCCCCCCUCUCCUGUCCGGGGCGGGGCGGUACGGUCCGGAGCGGGCACAGCUGGCCCUCCACCUGCUGUGCGCCAGUCAGCUGAGCCUGGGCAUCUGUGGGGAGUGCGCCCCCUUCCUCCGACUCCUCCUGCUGCUCCUGCCCAACUGUCCACAGGACUUCCCAUCAGAGCAGGUGAUCAUGGGAGUGAGCCUUCUUCUGCUGAAGGCCCCUGCAUCCCAGCAGACCGCGCUAUUGGACCUCGCUACCAGAGUGGUCCCUCCCGACACCCCCCCGCCCCUGGCCCCUGUCCUGGUGCUGCCCCUGCUGCAGGUGCUGUCCCGCUCGGCGCUAAUGGAGGCGCUAACGGACCCCUCGACCCGAGCCCAGAACCAAACUCUGGCCCAGUCCCUCCUGCAGGCGGUGCAGCGACCCGCCAGCGACGCCCGUGAGGAUGGGGUUCAGCUGGCCCUUCCUCUGAGCUCCUGGUACAGCGAGCUGCUGGUGGCCACCCACACCCUGCGCAGGGUGAGCCGAGACCCCGCCUCCGCCCGCGACUGGCUCCUCUCCGCCCAAUCAGCCCUGCCACUGAGCGACCGCGUGCCAGACCACCUGACCCUCAUCCUGGGUCACCUGAUCCUCUCCGGCCAGGGAGACGUCUGCAGGCUGGCCCUCAGCACCGCCGGCCUGCUGGCCCAGGCUGACCCUGCACAGGUCCCCGCACUGCUUCCUGUCUUCAUGUUUAAGCUUGGGAGGAUCGCUGACCCGGACCUGUCCCGGUCGCUGCUCUACAGCCUGCCAAACCUGGCAACCCACAAGUUUUGUGUUUCCCAGGUUCUGCAGGUGCUGCAGGUGUUGGGAAGCAGUCCUAAGAUGAGAGCCGUGGUGCUUCGCCUGGUGACCUCGCUCUGGGUCAAACAGGACCGCGUGUACCCGGAGCUGCAGAAGAUGAUGGCGCAGGUGGAGAAGGGAUCCCUGGUGGGAAAGGAGGAGCAGUGGGAGCAGAUCCUGGCCCGGGCCGCCUGCAUCCGGGACAUCUGCAAGGAAAGGCCAUACCAACAUGGCGCCGACAUGUUGGCGGCCAUUACAGACACCCUGUCCCAGUGCACCAAGCAGGACCAGGCCACGCCAUCUGCCCUGGCUCUCCAGGGCCUUCAGGAGCUAUGUCGAGCCGAGGUGGUGGACAUCCGCUCCACCUGGGACGCUCUCUCCCCCAGGCUGAGCUGUGACUCCAGACCCCUGGUUAUUGCUGCCGUGUGUGAGCUCCUGGCCCUAGUGCCCCAGCUAGCGGUGAAGACUGAAGACUAUGAGAAAUUCAAAGAACAGGUUGUCAGCAUUCUGUGGAGUUAUGCUCUCAGUAAGGACCCAGAAGUGGCGCGCUGUGGAUUCAAGGCACUUUCGGAGUUCCCAGAAUCUGUCCACACCAUCCUACACCUCCCAGAACAGGCUCGGCCGCCAGCGAAAGCCCCCGAGGAAGAGGAGGAGCAGGCGACAGAGACGGAGGAGAAGGAGGAAGAUCUGUCCGUUCCGGGCUCCUCUUACAUCAAGCUUCUGGGUCUCACGCCCGCCAGUGCCCUGCCAGGUUUGGAGGGGUUCCUGACAUCACUCCUGAGGCAGGAGAUGGUGGCCAUGCCCCGCGGAGUGUACCACUCUGCGCUCAGAGGGGGGAACCUGCGCUCGGACCAGGGCAAGACGGUGGCCGGCAUCCCGGGGUUCAUGCUGAAGGCAUACGAGAAGAACAGACAGCCCGGCCUCAAGCCUGGACUCGCGGCCGGCCUGUUGCUAAGCUACGACCUGCCCGUGCAGACAGACAGAGAGAGGCGCCCAAUCACACGUUUCCUGGUCAGCCGCGGACGCAGCUACCAACAGAUGCUGGCGGCCCUGAUUCAUGAGGUGAACAUCCAGCCCUCGGAGUGGCACCGCUCUGUCCUCCUGCCACAGGCGUGGCGGGGGUUCAUGAGCCGCGCCUACUUCGCUGUCCUGCAGGGGCGACGGGCAGAGCUGGAGAUGCUGCAGAAACAAGGGAAGGAGAAUCCAGAGGAGCUGCAGUAUAGACAGCACUGCGCCUGGCUAUGGGCCCGUGACCAGCUGACCGACGUUGUCAAGUCUGUCGCCAAGGACAGUCCCGUGGUUCAGGGGAACUCCAUCCUGGCCCUGAGCGGACUGGCCACGGUUCUGUCCAAGUACGAGAGCAGCCUCCCCACCGAGGAGCUGGGAUCUGCACAGGUUGGGCCUGAGAUCCUGUCCACCCAGCACUGGGUCUCCAUGGUGAUGGACACCAUGUUGAGUGUGGUCAGCAGCAGUUACAGGCCCAAAGGACAGGUGUUCCCCUGGUUCCAGCAUAGGUCGUACUCUGGGGAGAACACGGCCAGCGCCAUCGCCCGCUCCUGUGCCGCCCUGGCCCUCUCCGUCAUGGCCCCUGUGCUCGCCACCUCCCACAAGGCCGGCCUGCUGGAGGCCCUGUCCACCCUGCAGGCAGCCCUGCCUGGGGGAGCCUCCUCAGACGAGUCCCAGGCUCUGCAGUUCCACACAGGCCUCGCCCUGGGGAUGCUGGUGUCUUCGCUGCUGGAGGAACGUGUCAGUGAUGUCUCGGGUCAGAAGAUAAGUGAGGUAUUAAUGAACUCCCUGGAUGCUCUGGAGGCCUGCUGCUUCAACACCAACCUGGAGUACAACACAGGGUGCAUUCUGGGAAUGGGCGUGGUGCUGGCGUUGCUGAGUCACAGUGUGCAGGCGGAGAAGCGGGAGCGCGUGGCACUAGCGGUGGAUCGGCUGCAGGGGGCGCUGGAGGACAGCGCAGGGCAAGGCCGGAUGCUGCAGGAGGUUCUAGCAUACUCUCUGGCCUGUGCCGGAACGUCAGCCUUCAGCGCGUCUAUCAUCGACGGCAGCAAGGCUGAGGAGAUCAUGAACGCCCUCCGGAGCCUGACUGAGGAGAGCCAACAGACCCCGGGAUUCGCCCUGGCCCUGGGGCUCGCGGUCCACGGUCUGUCCGUCUGCGGACACGGCAAAGCGGAGGACUUCUCCUGCCGGCUCCUGCCGGCCUGGAUCAAGAUCCUGUUGACAGAGGGUGCUCCAACCAUGCAACGUCUGGCCGCGGUGAACGGUCUGGUGGCCCUGGUCGGAUCUGAGAGCUCCCUCAUUCAGCUGAAGUGUGAAUCGGAGCUGUCGUCCCAGCAACAGAGCCGGCUGAAUGAGGUCAUCAGAGCGAUUACGCAGAUCGUCACGUUCUCCGGUGCGGUCGGCCUGCAGUCCAUCGCCUCCUGCCUCCUGGGACAUCUGCACCUGGCUCACCUGUCCUCCAGCCACAGCCGGACUGCAGUUCCCCUGGACUUUGGGUACCUGUCGGAGAGGAGUGUGCUGAGAGCAGCCGUAGACUUCCUCUCAGAGGCUGGGCGGAAGGGUCCGGAGUUCUCCCCUCCCAGGCUGGUAAAAAUGCUGCUGGAGCCCCUUACAGUGGUGGGCCUGAGCCACCAGUACCCCCCGGUCAACUGGAGCAGCCUGCUGGCCCCUCUGAUGAGACUCAACUUCGGUGAGGAGAUCCAGCACCACUGCAUGGAGUUGGUGAUUUCACAGUCGCAGACUUCCCAGAGUGCAUCUCUCUUCUUGGGCAUGUGGUUGAGUCCUCCCCUGGUCCACAGUUUGAGUCCUCGAACCCGGGCCCAGCUGUACCGCUCGCUGCCCCUGUGGAUGAAGCAUGUGGCGGAGGACAAGCUGCAGGUGUGUGUGGGGACCCUGGGGCUGCAGCACUUCGGCCAGGACGGUCGACCCCAGCGCCUCCCUCUCUGCCGGGCCCUCCUGGAGGGCCUGUCCAGCGCCAUGGCCCUCCCCAACCCCUCCCAAAACUCCUGGGCUGUCCUCUGCUCUACCACCGAGAAGAUUUUCACACUCCUCCCUGACCGGAUACAGGACAGUGAGCCGGACCUUUAUGUGGUGAUUGCCAAGUGUCUGUCUGAGAUGACUGACACAGAGAUUGACCAAAUCACUCGGGUCACUGGGGCUAAUGUGGAGAAGAUGGGCUUCGUCCUGGCCUACCUCAGCUCCCAGGGCAGGGUGCCCCUCCUGGGCCUGAACGAUGUCAUCGGCGUGGCUGUACGCGGGGCCCAGAGAGAGGAGGUCAGCUGGCUGCUCCUGCAGAGCUUCUACCAAGCCCGCCUGGCGUCGGGCCCCAACACGGGGGUGAUGAAAAGGCUGGAGUGGCUGCUGGAGUUAAUGGGUCACAUCAGGAACGUGGCCUACGGGACGACUCCGGUGGGCUGCGGGGACACCAGAGAGGCUACAGACUUCCUGCUCCACCUCUUCAGCUCUGCAGUGCUCACCUGGGCCGACCACUCCAUGCCCCUGCUCCUAGGGGUCAAGGCCCGGUGGUUUCCAGAGAAACCGGAUUCUGAGCCACCUGAGUGGCCCCACAGUCUCUACAGCAGCCGCUCGGCCAAUGAGAACCCUGCUUCGCAGUGCUUGAUGGGCCUUCCGUGCAGCAUCCAGCUCCUAUUGGCCAAAGAGCCCUGGAAAGGGCUGACUCAGAAGUUUAUAGACUGGCUCUUCAGCAUAGCAGAAGGUCCCAGAGAGGGGUUAUCCGAGACUUCAGUCAUGACUGCCAAAGCUGCCCUUUUGUCCCUGAGGAACUUUCCGGAAUUCAAGAGGAAGGUUGUUUGGACCAGAGCCUAUGGAUGGUAGGCAGAGGAAUCAGAACCCCCAGUUCCCGCCUCCCUCUCUGGCACAUAGCCAAUCGCAGCUCCGUCACCUUACAGUUCCUGGGUGUACAAGCCUGCAGCCUGCUGUGUUCCCGUCCUCCACCGCAAUGCCUCAUGGGAGUAUCUAGAGAAGCAAAACUGCUCAUUGGCCAGAGCUGCAGGCGAGGUGAGGGAAGAGUUCGAGAGGUGAAUUGAACUCUGGCCUUGAGACCACAGAGACAUCUUAACUGAGGUCAAGGCUUUGUUUUUGCUGUAAGUCAGGCAACAUACAUUUCACCUGAAACAAUGACUAAUGUGGUCUGUGCUUUGGCAGUCUUUUCAUCCACCAGGGCAUGUUAAUGCUUGUUUUCUUUCCAGGAAAUAAACUCACAAAACACCUUCCCUGCCCCGGUGAUGACAUGUCAUUGCAUAUCGAUGUUUAUUCUGCACAGAUCGAUGAAAAGGAGAACACGCAGUCAGGCCAAUAAAAAAUGUAAAGACUA